AGUACAUCCGGACACAGCCGAGCCUACCCGAGUGAGUGUGCCUUGGGCGCCGGUGCCGGAAGAAGCCGCGGAGGGCGGAGCGGGCGCAGUCGCGGACUAUAAGAUUCAGAUAUGUUCCUAUUUGAUUGGAUUUACAGUGGUUUCAGUAGUGUAUUGCAGUUCUUAGGACUGUACAAGAAAUCAGGCAAACUGGUGUUUCUUGGACUGGACAAUGCUGGAAAAACUACACUGCUGCACAUGCUCAAAGAUGACAGACUGGGACAACAUGUCCCCACGUUACAUCCCACUUCAGAAGAGCUGACAAUUGCUGGCAUGACUUUCACUACCUUUGAUCUGGGUGGACAUGCUCAAGCUCGCAGAGUGUGGAAAAACUACCUGCCUGCAAUUAAUGGUGUUGUGUUCUUGGUGGACUGUGCAGAUCACGAAAGAUUGCUUGAAUCAAAAGAAGAACUUGACUCACUAAUGACAGAUGAAACUAUUGCUAACGUGCCUAUCCUGAUUCUUGGUAACAAGAUUGACAGACCUGAAGCCAUCAGUGAAGAGAGGUUACGAGAGACAUUUGGUCUGUAUGGCCAGACAACAGGAAAGGGCAGCACACCACUGAAGGACCUGAAUGCCAGGCCCCUGGAGGUGUUCAUGUGCAGUGUGCUAAAGAGACAAGGCUACGGAGAAGGGUUCCGCUGGAUGGCCCAGUACAUCAACUGAUCCCAAAAUCACAGCAGCACAUCCUGGCCCAGGUCUCAGUGUUGUCUGCUCCUUAUUUGAUCACUCAGUGUACGUAACCUGAAUUCAUUUGACUGUUCAGUUUUAAAGAUACACAUUUUUAGCUAAUUAUAUCAUUGAUGCUAAAUUUUAAGUGUGAAGAUUGCAAAAUUAUUUCAAGCAAGUUUGUAAAUUUAAAUACCACAACCUGUGAGCUUUCUAAUCCCAUGCAGCAUCCUUUUGCAGCUUUUAAUUUAAUGAGUCUCCAGCACCAUUUUUGGUCAAAGCAGCUUUCCAUUACAGUAUGUUUGAAUGCACUUUUUAACAGCUGAAAACAAUGAACAUGUGAAAAAUAUUUAAUGUUUAUGUUAAAUUUUUUAUGUACUUUUUUGAAACUGGUUUUAUAACUUUAGAGUAUAUAACCAUCUUUCAAGGAAUAAUAAAUAAUUACCUGAUGGAUAAUUGCAUGAUGCCUUACAGUUUUCAAUAAUACACUUUCUUAUGCAACGUCAUGCAAUAAAUUUAAAUCCAGUUUUUGGCAUCUUUAAUGGGAAAUGUUUCAUUUUAAUGUGUCUUAACUAGUGAGGCUGAUCUGAAUAGGUGUGAUAUUUUCUUGAAACACAAGCAGGCCACAAAGUAGUUUCAUUGUAGGUUAAAAUAAGGUGGGUUUUUUGCAGACUACUAAAUUGUAUUUAUUUUAGGAUUUUCCAUAGUAAAGGAAAAAUCUACUGUGAUGCCCUUAAAAUUACCAUAAAUACAAAUAGUGUAAAUUAACUGUGCCAAAGUAAAUCUCAGACUAAUGACAGAAGUAGUCUUAAUCUACUGGUCUCUUGAAUUAAACCCCUUGAUGUGACACAAGAAAUGCAGUUCCUUUCUGAAGAAGUUAAGAAUACCACUGCACUAAAUAUCCUGUUUCCAAUUUCAUUCAUAUUUGGGUCUGCCAGAAUACUUGCCCAUUAAAUUUCCAGGAAAAAAAUGAGUUGCCAUUGCUGCUUUUGAAAACUUACCAGCUCAUACCCAUUGGUCAGUUUUAUUUUUGGUAUUUUGAACUGGGACAAGAUGGAUUCUUUUACAUGGUUUUGCCCUGAAACCUGGCCAGUGUGGCAGCUGCUGGCUGCCCAGGGAACUUAUUUCUGGGCAAAAUUCAGUCCCUCUUUCCAGUUUCUGACUGCUUUUCCCUGCUUUAGAGUGUUAAUUCCCUAAGGAAAAAGCAGAUAAUAUUUGAAGAAAUACAUUUUACUGAUCCUGACUGGGAGCUGUAGUUGGUGCUUUCUUGUGCUAGGCAUGUUUUACUCCUAAUUUGCUAAAUGAAGGUGGGGUUUUAGCCCUGGAGUCACCAUUUCACUAUGAUGGGUUUGUGUUUCACUGUGUAGUUCGUUUUGUCCUUGUACAAAUACAAACUGCUGCAAGUUGUACUGAAUCCCUUUUACUUCCUGUUGUACAUGAUCUUCAAAAUAUUUUAGGCCUUAUGUUUCCAAUAUCCAUGGCAGCAAAUAUAUUUCUGACUGGUUUCAUUUCACAAAUAACUUUCUCUUGACCUCUGGGCUUGAAUCUCAGAUUUAAAGGCUGUAGGCACAAAGCAAAUAAAUGAGACUUACUCCUUGCCCAAACCUGAACUGGUAUAAUUGAAUAUUGAUGAUCAGUUCCCCACAGUGCUAGAUUGUGCAUCUGAAUAAUUCAGAACCUAAUUAAUAUAAAUUGUAAAUGAAGUUUAUUACUGUAGAAUCACAUGCAAAACACUAAACCCAGUUUCUGUGUGGUGCAGUUCAGUGUCAGGGCAUUGGGUGACUUUUCCAAAUGACCAGCAUAAAGAAUUCUGCAUUUAAACUCCUGUUCAGCUGUAGAGUGGUGUCUCUGCUGCAUAAAUCCAAACUGGAGACAAGAAGUGGCCUCUCACCACUGUGUAGACAGUCUUUACUACAUGCCUCUUGUGUUUUUUCCUCUAGCUUUUUCUGAUGAUGGUUAUAAUGCAGAGAACCACAGCUAAAUCACUUGAUGGUGUAAAUACUAAAAGUACUACUUGGAGAGCCACAUUGUGGUAUUGAUGUGAGAGAUUGGGGACUGUGUUGCCUGUGCUUAUGGAAAUGAAGCUGGAGGUGGAGAUGUUCUGCUGCACUUCCACAGGCUGAUCCAUUGCAUGGACUUGGAAGGGGUCCUCUUCACCUCCUUUUCCAACCAACUGUGAACGACAGCCCUAAAGAAAGGGGUAAUCCUAUUAAAAAUUAAUAAGGAAGGGAGGUGAUGGUGCUUAAUAGUGUAUGUUAAGAGUAAUUCCCAGUGUUGUGGAAACACUCUUGAUUUCCUGGUUUCUGCUGUGGAACGGUGACUGAAAUGUGAUUGUAAUAAGGGCAUGAAGAAACCUGGACCUUGUGUUAUCCACCUGGGUAUGUUGUUGGAAUAGGUAAUCACUUCUCAGUGAAAUACAUAACUAAUCUUGCUCUGCUUCAUUUCAUUCAGCAGAGGAAGGACCUUUCUUCUGUAGUUUACAUUCUGUUGUGCACAUUAAUGUGAAUGAGUGUUGUGUGUCUUUGUCUGAAGAUUUCAUUAAUAGAUAAAUAUACUGAUGAGAAUUUUCCUGGUGGUUCUCAUCCCCACCCCCUCCAUAUCUCCCUGGCCAAUUAUUUCUGUUUUAUUCCUAUGACUGUGACCAGUCUUGCUUCAAAAAAAGUAGUGUUCACAUUUGGGUCUGACUUACAUGAAUUUUUUUUUUGCACUCUUGACUAUGCAGCUUUCAAUUGAAUAUCACUUUAAAAGAAUGUGAAAAAGAAAACUCAUUAAUAAAGAUGUUAUUUAUGAAUA